CCGCACAGGCACAGUUGCAAAGCAGGCAGGCAGGUCCCGCUCAGAGGCUUCCCCCCUCUCCCAUCCUUGCCCCCUCUCUCUCCCUCUCGCUCCGAGCGAGAGGUCUGUGUCACUGUCGCCGCCGCUCGCUCUGUGUCACUAGCCCUUCUUCCCUCCGGAGCUCUCUCCUCUUGCUCCGACCCAACAACAGGUGAGAACAGUUUGCGCUAGUAGGGUUUCGCCGUUCCGUUUCUAAGGGAAACAAGUUGGAGCUCAAGACGCCGCAAAGCCCAAGAUGUUCGGUUUCUCUCGUCGCCGGAUGAAGCUGGGAAGGUUGAAGGGUCAUCUGCAUGAUCCUUUCCAUGGCCCUCGGAGUCCUGCCCAUCCCACCAAGCGGUCCAGUCACCUCACUGGAGAAGAACCAGUGGUUACGUCAGUGAGUGGCCGUCCUGACGACCUUGCUUGGUGUUGCUCCUCUGAUACUUUUGACCUCAAUGGCCGUGCAUUUGAAAGCUCAGAGAACUGGGCAGUAUUGUCAACGGACGGGGAUAAACCGAGUCCUCGUUUUGAUCAUGCAGCAGCCAUGGUAGGGAGCAAAAUGAUUGUCUUCGGUGGAGAUUCCGGUAAUCAUUUGCUGGAUGAUACAAAGAUAUUAAGCUUAGACAAGCUUACAUGGGAUUCUGUGGCUUCUAAGGUUCGUGUAUCACCAGGUGGACAUCGUGUGCAGUUUCGACCAUGCAAAGGACAUUGCCUGGUUCCAUGGGGCAAGACUGUCAUUCUUGUCGGAGGGAAAAGCGAGCCAUCUUCUGACCGGAUAUCAGUAUGGACAUUCAAUACGGAAACCGAGAUCUGGUCGCAUAUGGAAGCGAAGGGCGACAUUCCGGUGGCUCGAAGUGGUCAUACAGUGACUAGAGCAGGCCCUGUUUUAAUUCUUUUUGGGGGCGAGGAUACCAAAGGGAAGAAACUACAUGACCUUCAUAUGUUUGAUCUGAAGUCCUUAACAUGGCUUCCUUUGAACUAUAAAGGUGCUGGACCUUCUCCAAGAUCCAAUCAUGUUGCUGCACUUUACGAUGACAGAAUUCUUUUGAUUUUUGGAGGCGAAUCAAAAUCCAAGACCUUGAAUGAUGUCCAUGCUCUAGAUUUUGAAACAAUGUUAUGGUCAAGAAUGAGAACACAUGGUCAUCAUCCAUCACCUCGGGCAGGUUGCUGUGGAGCUCUCUGUGGGACGAAAUGGUAUAUAGCAGGGGGUGGAAGCAAGAAAAGGCGUCAUCCGGAAACUUGGGUCUUUGAUGUCCUAGAAUCCAAGUGGUCUGUUUGUGUAGCACCUCCUAGUUCCUCCAUCACUACCAAGAAAGGUUUCAGCAUGGUUCCUUUGUACUACAGGGAUAAGAUUGUUCUUGUUUCGUUUGGAGGAAACAAAAAGGAGCCAUCUGACAAGGUUGAAGUACUAGUGGUGCUGCAAAAUGAACAUUGUUUCAGUUGGCGGUCUGCCCCUGAUGCAGAACCCUUAAUGUAUGAGGACUCUUCUCCUAGCUCAAAGGAACUCGCCGAUCACCUCAACAACUGUGAUCCUUUGUACUCUAACUCUGUAGCAAGGCAUAGUCUCGCGACAACAGUGGAAAGCUCAUCUGGGAGGAAAUCGCUCCCUGAUUCACUCCUACAUAACUCGAAGGUGGGCGGCUCAUCACUCCGCAGGCAGUUCCGUCAGGAGGAGGAAUGCAGCCUGGCCCAAAAACUGCAGAAGCCAAUCGACGAUGACAAGUACAAGGAUGUUGACGGUUGUUCUGAGCUACCAUCCUUCUCAAACCAAAAGCAGCGGAGUGACACAUAUCAUUCUCCAGAUGCGGAUGCUAAAACGAAGAGGGUGGGCAGAAGUUCGUCUGACAUUAACCAUCAGCAUGAUACAAAAAUCGCAAACUUGGUCAGGAGAAACAUGGCGUUGGAAGAGCAACUUUCAGCUGCAAUGGCGAGCAAAGACGAAGCAGAAAAGAACUUAUCUCUGGUCAUUGACACAAAGGAAGAGGUAGAGAAGAGGCUAGCUGAGAGAGACAGGGAGGUUGUGGCGCUGAAGGAGAAAGUGGGAGGAUUAGAACAGGCACACGAAGAUUCAAACAACGCCUCAAACACUGUCCAUGCUGAUAACGUGCGGCUCGAGCGUGAAGUGGCGUUCUUGAAGGCAGUCACGGAUGAAACUCAGAAGGAGUUGCACUCGACCCGCGGAGUUCUAGCAGGAGAGCGCGCGAGGGCAUUCCAGCUCCAGGUUGAAGUGUUCCAUCUGAAGCAAAGGCUGCAAUCAAUGGAUGGAUGGUCACCUACACAAAGAAAACCUCAGAAUCUCUAGGUUCCAGAGGUCAAAUCUCAAAUGUGGAUGACGAUGCGAAUACCUUGCAUCCUAAUGUAAACUAUGCAGGUUCUUUGUUACCAUGCCUAUUUUUCCGUCAAAACAUCAGGGGCGUGUUUGGUUGGUUACCAUGCUUCGCCACACCUGGGUUGUGUGAAUUCGCAUCUUUUGUGGCGACCAAACUGGGCAAAGUGCGGUAAUGAACCAAACAUGCCUCAGGUAUCCAUAUGUUCUGAUCCAUCGUAGGGAGGAUUGUGUGCUACGAGUAGAUACUAAGGUUGUGAGAUGUGGAUUGAUUUGCAACUGUCUGAUCUAAUAAUGUGCAUAUCCUUGUU